AUGGCCCCCGCAGACUCCAAAUUCGCCCUCAACGAAAACGGCAUCCCGCCGUUCGAGUCCCUGCCCCUCGGCAAAGACGACCCGCGCUUCUCGGCCUGGGGCCUCUACGGCGACAAGGACGAGCUGGGGACGCUCAACAGGUUGACCGACGAGCGCGUUGCUGCUGCUGCGAGGGAGGAGAUUAAGACGGGCGCGAGAGUCUCCCUAAACUGGCCCCUGACAGCCCAAUCCGCCCCCUUCUUCAACCGCCGCGCCUUCCACCACGACCUCUACCGCAAGCACCCGCGCUUCGUAAACGACGACGAGUGGACCUUCAACUCGCAGUCGUCGUCGCAGUGGGACGGCCUCCGGCACUUCGGGUACCAAAAGGAAGAAAAGUUCUACAACGGCGUCUCCAUGGACGAGGUCCACGCCGUGGACGAGGAGGGGAGGCGGUCGACUGUGAAUGGGAUUCAAGGUAACCGUCUCUCUCGAAAAGCCUGGCAGAAACACGGCAUCGUCGGCAGAGGCAUCCUCGUAGACUACCACACCUGGCGCCUCGAGCAGAACAUGCCCUACGACCCCUUUGCGCGCGACUCCAUCCCCGUCGCGGAUCUCCAAGCCUGCCUCAAGGCGCAGGGCACCGAGGUCAAGUUUGGCGACAUACUCGUCACCCGCACAGGCUUCACAGCGACACACGCCUCCCUCGCGCCCCAAACCCUGUCCAACCACCUCGCCGCCAGCCCACAAACCUUCUCCGGCGUAGCCCAAUCCGAAGAGACCCUCCGCUGGGUCUGGUCCAACUUCUCCGCCGUGGCAGGCGACCAGCCGUCCUUCGAGUGCUGGCCCCACCGCGACCCAACGCACUGGAUGCACGAGGUCCUCCUCGCCGGCUGGGGCAUGCCCAUCGGCGAGCUCUUCGACCUGGAAGCGCUGGCGGCGCAGUGUAAGCGCGAAAAGAGGUGGAGCUUCUUCGUCGUGAGCGAGCCGUGUAAUGUCCCCGGCGGGGUUGCGAGGUAA